UUCGUCCUAUAAGCUCUUUCUCUCUGUCUGUCCGACUCUCUUUCUCUCCUCGUCAUCUUCGAUUUACUCAUCGUCGUUGUACCUCGUGCAUAUAUAAAGAGGAAGGACGAGGGUAGUAGCUGUGCGCGCACAUUUUCAUUGAACCUUGAAAAAAGAGUCUCUCCUGCAGCAGCAGCAGCAGCAGCCACUGCUCUAUGUUAGUGUGACUCUCGCUCUCGCUCUCUGUGUUCGUGUGUGCGUGCUUAUACAUCAACUCUCCUCUCGUUCGGUCGCUGUGUGUAUACAUUAUAAAGCUGCGACUCCGUUAGCCUUCGCAACUCUCCCUUCCCUCCUCCCUAUACUAACGCGUGUAUAUACUCGGUCCAAAAUCUACACAUCCUCCCCCGCGAGUGAAUCGUCGUCGUCGUCGUCGUCGAAUCGCGUUACACACGCGUACCACAAUAUAUAUAUCCAGCAUCAGCAGCAGCAGCAGUAGCUAUUAAUUAGUGCGCGUCGUCCGCCGAAAGCCCGACUUGCUGCCACAGUGUGUGCACGAAGACAUGCGCGCCCAUUCAGGGACGCGGACGCACAUUACUGUAAGCUGGACUAGCUCCCCCAAGGCAGCAGCAGCAGCAGCUGAGCAAGAGCAGCUACAACAACAACAGAAAUCGACGACGACGUCUGCACUCGAGGCCAUUGACGACGCCGCCGCCGCCGCCGAGUUGCUGCUGUCCCCCAGCGCGACGAGGCUCAUAUGGUCGUGGUGCUGCUGCUGAUCCUAGCCGAGCACCUUCGGCUUUUUAAGCGGGGUCUGGUAAGCCGGAGAGCUUGCUGGCGCUGGACGACCAUGUGGCUGACCAACGGGCCGCGAGGCGCCCAAUCCACCCAGACGCAGCAGCCCAGCCUGGACGAGCACUUCAGCGCUCUGAUGGAGUCGAUCAAGCGCGCGCCCCAGGACGGCCGCAUGGACUACGAGGUCCAGCUCAAUCUCGAGCGUCUCAAGCCCGAGCAGCGUCGGGCCCUGGUCAGUCGAACCAAGGACGGCUGCGCCCCGCUCUUCCUGGCCUGCAAACGGGGCUGCCUGGAGAUCGUCGACUAUCUCGUGGGGGUGUGCGGGGCCGACAUCGAGCAGCGCGGCCUCUACGAGGUGCCGGACGAUAGGUCGGUGCACUGCGUGACGCCGCUGUGGUGCGCCGCCGUCUCGGGCAAGCUCGAGGUGCUCAGGUAUCUGGUCGCCCACGGCGCCGAGGUCAACGCCGUCUCGGAUUCCGGCUCGACCCCCGUGAGAUCGGCCUGCUUCAUGACGCAUCUCAACGUGGUGUCGUACCUGGUGCAGAACGGCGCGGACAUCCUCAAGACGAAUUACAACGGCGGCACCUGCCUCAUCAAUUCCGUGCAGAGCGUCGAUCUCUGCCUGUUUCUGCUCGAGCACGGGGUCGACGUCAACGCCACCGACAUCCAAAGCAAGACGGCCCUGCACUACGCCAUACAGGAGCACCGCUUCGAGACGACCAAGCUGCUGCUGGACUACAACGCCGAUCCGCAUCUGCGCUCGCGCUACAACGACGACGCGCUGCAGACGGCCUGUCUCAAGGGUGCCACGCAGAUCUUCGAUUACUUGAUCGAGCACGUGGAGUACAGCAAGGAGCGGCUCGCGGAUGCGCACGAGCUCAUCGGUUCGACCCUGUUCGACGAGCACGCCGACUCGCAGUCGGCCCUGUCCUACUGGCGCCGUGCCAUACACAUACGCAACAACGGCGGCCUGGACGGCCAGCCGAUACCCAAGAGGCCGGUGUCGCCGUCCUGGGACACGUUCCUCAACGCCACCGAGUUCAGCAGCCUCGAGGAGCUGGACACGGUCAUGCUGGAUCUGGACGCGGUGCGCAUGCAGAGCCUGCUCAUCUGCGAGCGGAUCCUCGGCCCGCAUCACAAGGACACGCUGUUCCGGCUCAUGUAUCGGGGCGCCUCGUACGCCGACGCUUUACGUUAUCAGUAUUGUAUAGACAUGUGGAAACGAGCUUUGGAAAUUCGAGUGGAGAAGGACUCCAUUUUAUACUCCGAUACCUGUUUCACGGCUCAGGCAUUGGUUAGGCUUAUGGUAGAUUUAAACGAGAAAACUGUAGAAAUAGAUCGUAACCGAGAGAAGACGGAGCCAAGAUUCUGUGAUGUUGUGGCGAUUUUCAAAUUGUUCUCGAGCAAUCUCACCGAAGCGAGACAGCUGCUACAGCAACGUCCAGUGUACAAAAGACAGAAGGAGAGCUAUAACCGAAUUUUGAAGUGCGUCACACAUUUGAUAUAUUUGCUACUGGAAACCGCGCAGACGGAGGAGGAGCAGACGGAAAUGCGGCAACUGAUCCGAGAAUUAGUCAGGAUAAAUCCCAAAUCGCUGUACACGGAGGACACGCUGCUGCAUCUGUGCGUCUCCAGUCUGAAUACCAUUCAUUCUAAUUACUUCGCGGCGGACGACAUACACAAAAUAUUUCCUCAUUACGGAGUCGUCAAGCUUCUUCUGGAGUGCGGUGCUCCCAUUAAUGCCAAGAACGAAUCUCGAUCGACGCCUCUGCACAUAGCUAGUAAUAUUUACAAUUUUCAUAAUAAGUUAAUUAAGUUAUUGUUGGACCACGGAGCACACUUGGACACGCCGAAUCUCGUUGGGGACACACCCGCUCGAAUGAUAUCCUCGAACGCCGUCAACGACAUCAAUCUUGUAAAUUAUCUAACUCUUCAGUGCCAUGCGGCUCAGGCUAUUUGCAAGUAUGGUAUUGAAUGCAAGGAACUGCCUGUGACGCUACAUCGUUUUAUCGAGUUACACGAGAAAUAAUUUUUCUUUUAUUUUUUAUUUUUUUGUUUUUUUAAUAUUUACAUGAUCGUGUAAUUUAGCUGAAUUAAUUUCAUUUUUGUCAUUUGCGAAAUCGAGUGAUUGUAAAAGAAUAAAAAAAAAGUCCCACAGAUGAACUAUUUGCAAGAACAUAUUCAAAGCAAUAGGAAAUAACGCUCUAGGUUUAUGUGAACUUUUUAUAGUUUUUUAUUGUGACUUCGUCUACUACUUCUUGAGUUAAAAAAAAUAAACACCAAACUCCACUACGGUUUCUAGCUUUAUAUUUCCGAUUAGUAGCUUUGUACAAAUUUUAAAUUAUUUCGUUCUGCUUCAAGUUUGAGAAACGUGAAAAACUGAGCUAAAUAAUUUUACUAGACAUGUCUUUGUAUAUGUAACUUUUUAUUAAAAAAAAAAAAAAAGGCUGGAGAAUGUCGUAGGACUCUGCGAAGACUACACACGUGAUAUCUAAUUAAUUACAUACAUAAGUCUUAAAUAUGUUGCGUUAAAAUAAAAACGUUUUCAUUAGUGAGAAUGAAUCUAAUAAAAGUGAGCGUAUAAUUUGAUUGAUUGAACGGAAAAAAGAAUGUCGAAAUGCCAUACACCGACGAGAUUAUUUCUCGUUGAUGUUCAAAAAACUAUGCACUUCCAUGCUGUAAUUUAUUUUAUUUUUCAGCCUAUAGCAGAUAAGUCAGGGCACUAUGCCACAGGUUAUACAUUAAAGUUAAAACGAUAUUUUAAAAAUAUCCAGUAGUUUGUAUUUAUUCGUUUCAUUUAUAUGCCAACAUGUUAACUGUAUAAUAGUUAUCUGAUGAAUCAGAAAUUAAAACAAUCAUUGUAGAAGUAUAUGUACAACAUUUAAAAUUUAAAUUUUAACGCUAGUCAAUCCUUCGUUCUUAUAAUAAAAAAAUGUUUAUUUUCAAUGAAAA